CGUUCCCCGGCGGCCGCACAACUCUUGGCGGCCUGCGAACGCAAAGCUCCACUUCACGUGGGCCUCCUCGCACGCGGCCCAGCGAGCAGGCGCGUGUCGCGGACGCCGCUGGUGACCGCUCCUCCCUUCCUCGGUGGCCUCAAACAGCAACGGAAGCUCAAGGUUCAUCACCGACGGUUGUGGUCCUGGCCGAGGACCGUAUGCGUUAAGGGUUAGAGCAAUUUGAACGGUUUUAAAAAAAAAAAUGUAUAUGUUCGCAAGUAGAAAUGACGAACGUCAUCAAUCGGCAACACACUUGUGUUAAACCUCGAGCCUGUGCAUCAGGAUAAUGGAAGAUUAAGGGAACCAGAAAUCAGAAUAACGUCUUCUGAAGGCAGCACAUUGUACACAAGGCAACGGCGGUGACAUCUUCCCAAGGUAACAAUCUAGCUCUCUUCGUUGCGACUGCCAUGGUGUAAGGGACAUCGAACAGUACUCCCGUGAAGAGUUCACUCUGGACCACAGAAGCACAAUUACAUUCUACGCCAAGGCAAGCGCAACUUCAUCCGUGAACGAAACAACGGCGAGAGAGUGGCAGGGGCCAUGGCGAACGUCACGACGCUCAGCGAAGAGACGCGCCAGAUGCUCACGGGCAGCCUCACCACCGUCGUGCUGCCGUGCAUCUACCUCCUGGUGCUCGCCGUCGGCCUGCCGGCGCACGCCACGGCCCUCUGGGUCUUCCUGUUCAAGACGAGAACGCGCACGGCCUCCAACGUCUACAUGGCCAACCUGGCAGCCGUAAACCUCCUCUAUGUCCUCUUCCUGCCGCUGCAGAUCGCCUACCACUUCCGCGGCAACGACUGGCCGUUCGGCCGCCCGCUCUGCCACGUCUUCACGCAGCUACUCUACACCAACACGCACUGCUCCACCUUCUUCCUCACCUGCGUCAGCGUCGACCGCUACCUGGCCAUCGUGAGGCCGCUGCACGCUCGCCACAUGCACGGCGUGCGCCGCGCCGCCCUGGUCACCGCGGGCAUCUGGGUCCUGACCCUGGUCAUGCUGUCACCCGUACAGUCGAUAAACCUCCUCCACCACGUCCAGGAGCUGAACAUCACCACCUGCUACGACGUCUUCCCAAAAGAAGAGGGCGUCGUCACAUUCUUUCUCGUCUACUGCGUCGUGUUCGUGGCCGUGAACUUCUUUGUCCCCGUUUGCAUCACCGUAUUCUGCUACGCGUCCAUCAUUCGGGCGCUCACAAAGGCCAAGCUGGGCUCCUGUUCCGACGGGCGAAACAACGAGGACAUCCGCAAGGGGAUCCAGCUGUCGGUCGUGGUCCUGGUCACGUUCGUUCUUUGCUUCGCGCCGAACAACUGCGUGCUUUUGGCCCACGCGCUGCUCCACUGGACGAAGAAAAACAGCGACCUCUACGGCAUCUACAAGCUCAUGCUGGCCUUCAGCAGCCUCAACACCUGCUUCGACCCCAUCGUCUUUUACUUCGUGUCGAGCGAGUUCCAGGCGCGUGUGCUCAGCGCGCUGGCCUGCUGGUGGCGCCCGUCCAUGUCAAGCCGCCCCGAGCUGCUACGCGGCAGCAGUGGCACGGGCAGGGACGACUCGGAGCUCCUGCAGGACGCGCCGGGGAAAGGCGAUCAGACGGGAACGUCCACGACGGUGUCGUCUCCCAUCUGAAGCGCCCACGACGGUAUUGUCUCCCAUCUGAAGAGAAUCCACAACGGUAUUGUCUCCCAUCUGAAGAGAAUCCACAACGGUAUUGUCUCCCAUCUGAAGAGAAUCCACAACGGUAUUGUCUCCCAUCUGAAGCGCCCACAACGGUAUUGUCUCCCAUCUGAAGAGAAUCCACAACGGUAUUGUCUCCCAUCUGAAGCGCCCACAACGGUAUUGUCUCCCAUCUGAAGAGAAUCCACAAUGGUGUUGUCUCCUUUCUGAAGCACCCACAAUGGUGUCAUCUUCCUUCGAAAGUGGCUGGCGGGGGAGGAGGUCAAAUGCAGCUGUCAUUGUGAAAGAUGUCGAUGUAUUUAGUGUGCCCUAAUGUGUCAUUGAAGAAAGUGUUUUUUUUACGUUCUUCUUUUGUUUCACUUUUUAUUUUUGUUGGUGCGCAACGUCUAUAUUUACCUGGCUGCCUUUAACACGGAACAUUAACACGCACUUGCAUUUAUACACUUUAUAAACCUGAUUUGUUAUCAUGAAGCUUUUCUGAUUUCAGGACUGAAUGUUAAUCCAAUUAACUCGAAAACGUAUAUUUCACAAAGCACGCUCGUGACUAGUUGCAAAUCUCGAGCCCGAUUACCUUCACGCCCCACCCAACGCGUACCCCUGAGUUUGUACGUGCCAUGAAACGACUCUACUAAAACCCUCGCCAUGAACCCGAGUUUUUAAAUAUAUAUUGUAAUGUCGCUGUGAAUAACGAUGGCGAUAGUGUGUCACUAAGUCUGACCCCCCUUUUAGUUUGUAUCAUACUACUUUAUUCCGGUGAUCAUAGUGUAGCUGUACGAAUACCCUGUUUCAUCAUAUUAAUUGUAGCUCCCUGCUCGUCACUUUAACACGGAGACUUUCGCGAAAAAUAUUUUCCUUAAUAAAGGUUUUUUCGGGUUAGAUCGCGUCAAUAUAAAUGUGUCGUUAACCCACCACCACCCGAAACAGACAAUUAGUAAGGUGUGUCACGUAAAAACAGAGCGUGCCAAUUCGUUACUAGUACAGCACACCGGUGUGUUGGAGAGUAAACCCACGACAUUUGCAAUUUGAGUAUUGUGACGUUUCACUGAUAAUUACAACCAACCUCAUCGGACAAUUCUGGUUGUAAUUACCAGUGAAACGUCACAGUCAUUUCAAAUUGUAAACAUUAUGUAUUUACUCUCCAACACACCAGAGUGCUGAGGUAGUAACUACUUGAUUUGAAGCUUUCGUGACUGCAGGAAUCCAUACUCUUUGGUUCUUUCAGUAAAGUCACGUAGGUAUAAAUAAAA